AUGGCAAGCUUCAAUGCAUAUGCGCAAUCCUUGCGGAAUGAUAAACCGGCCACAAAAGCUUAUGAGGAAGGUGUGCCAUUUUUCGUGCCUCAACUCUCCAAGGUCAAGACCAGCGUCAUGUGCCAAGGCAAGACUGAGAAGCUUCUGUUCAAGUACGAGACUGAGAGCACCUACACGAGUCCGGUGUCUCCGAAGAAAAUUCCAUAUCGUAAACAAGGGAACCGCAGUCUGUACACUGAAGAAAAUCUGCUGAGGCGUCAAAAACUAAUGGAAGACCCGGGUGUCCUCCAAACGAUUGAGCGCUUCUGGGUAACAUUUCCUUGCAUACGACAAGGGGGCGAAGCGAUCCCAAUGCAUGACUACGUUGACGUAUUCAUGAAGUUCUACAAAGCCUUGGUCACUCCUAGCGAGUUCUCCAUCGGUGAGGCGCGCUAUAUCGUUGAAAAGGACUGGGCAAAAGACUCCAUUGACGGCGAGAGCAUGUCCAAGCUGCUCUUCUUCGGGUCUUUAUUCGAAGUGGCCGACAUCUGGACCAUCGACAUCGGCGCGGCAGAGUACGUCGCCUUCCUCAACAAGCUUUUCGAGCGAGUGACUAUGGUCAUCUACGACCACGUCAAGCUGCAGUGGAUCACUAUGUUUGCAGAGCUGGAUAAAAUCCGCUCUUUCGAUGAUCCGACCCCUCCAGAUGAGGCUUCAAGUGACCACAAUGUGGAUAUUGGUAGUAAGAACGAUGAGCGUCUGCCACUACUUACAUCAGCUCGCGGAGGACACAGCGACAGUGAGAGCAGCAGUGAAGAAUGGGGAUCUUCCGCUACUAGUGACGAUUUCGACCACUCUUCCCGUGAUCAUCUCUUCGAGCAGCAAGGCCCAACAAAAACGAGGCUGGAACAGAUUCUAGAAGACAAGCGACUGCGAUCUGAUGACGAUAUGCGUAGUGAGACGUCAAGGACUAGACUCCCACGCCUCCAUCUACCGGAAGUUUCCUCCCAGCAGGUUUUGCUUCCCAUUCCGAGUAUCUACCUGAAUCCUGACCUGACACACGUGCACGAUGCAGAGCGUGCAGCACGUAGACGCCUUCGCGACAAGGUCCGGAUGGUGCAGAGACUUCGUCGCAUCACUUACUAAAAAAUAGUACUUCGGAG